AACACGCUAUUUAGACUCUCCCUGGCCACCUUAUCACUCUACGUGCUUCAUCUGGACAGAAUCAUAUUACGAUUGCUUUCAACGUGCACGGUGCAUGACUGACCCUGGGUGCUGCUGACCUAUUUGAUCUGCCAUAUCAUCGUAAAUCAUCGGAGUCCAAAUAUCAUAACACAACCAGGCUCGAGUGGCACAACAGUGGAAAUCUUGUAGUUGGAUUGGAACAUAUUCUGCAUUUAUUGAGAAAAUAGCUCAGAGUACGAUUGGGCAUUAUGGUUGGUGGUGGCAAAAUACGGGUGACUGAGGACAGCUUUGGCCAAGUUCCCACGCCCCAAGGGUCCCUUCCCGUGAAACGGUUCACACUAAGCAAUGGGACGGGAGGGGAAGUCCAGGUGAUCAACUAUGGGGCAACCAUCACGUCGAUUAAAGUGCCAGAUCGCGACGGUCAGCUUGGAGAUGUUGUGAUGGGAUUCGAUAAUAUUCAGGGUUAUUUGGAUGUAAGUAAUCGUUAUCUUGGAGCCACCAUCGGUCGGUUUGGUAACCGAAUCAAGGAGGGCAAGUUCACUCUGGAGGACGGUAAGUCCUACAACCUCACCAUCAACAAUGGGCCCAACCACCUCCACGGAGGACACCAAGGCUUCGAUAAGAGGAUGUGGGAAGCUCGAGUUGACGACGACGCCGUGGUGAUGAGCUAUGUCAGCCAGGACGGGGAAGAAGGCUACCCUGGACAUUUGCUUGUCAAUGUGAGAUUCGAGUGGACUCGGUGUCACGAACUUAUCAUCUCUUAUCAAGCCACUACCACGAAACCCACUCCCAUUAACCUUACCAACCACUCUUACUUCAACCUAGCCGGACAUGGAGCUGGUCCUGGUCUAGAAGGUCACUUUGUCCAACUCAAUGCCGACUCCUACACCCCCGUGGAUGCCAACCUCAUCCCGACUGGAGAAAUAAAGUCCGUGGAAGGGACGAUGUACGAUUUACAGAAACCUGGCCAGAGUUUGGCUGCCCUCCUGAAAAAAUUUCCGCCUGGACCAAAUGGAUACGACAAUAAUUUCUGCGUCAACAGGGACAGCAAAAAGACAGGCAUUCAGUUGGUUGCGUCGGUGGAGGAGAGUGGGAGUGGUCGUGGGCUGACGAUUCACUCGGAUCAACCCGGGAUCCAAUUUUACACAGCGAACUUCCUUCCGGAUGAAGCUGCCCAGGAGGCUGGACUGGUGGGAAAAGGGGGAGCGGUGUACUGGAAACACGGUGCAAUGUGCAUGGAGACGCAAAACUAUCCCGAUGCCAUUAACCAUCCCAACUUUCCAAAUGGAGUCCUCCUUCCGGGAGAGGUGUACAACCAUCGAGCCCACUUUAAAUUCUUCACCACUGUCAAAUCAACAUAAUUUGAUCAAUUGCAUUUCCUGAAAUAAAUUCACUAAGCAGUUUAAAAGGUG